AUGCAUGCAACCACUAUAGUCAUAAUCUGCCUUGAAAAGAUUAAUAAUGAAGGGGGUAUAGAAAAACAGAAAAUGACAGCUGGCGAAAGGGCCGGCAAGUCACUCAAUACAAGCCAGAUCUCAGAGGGUGAAAAACCCAGUGAUGAUUUGAUCUCUUACAUCAUAAAUUCAGGCUGUGAUGGAAAUCAAGUUAAAGACAUUAAAAAAAUACAGAACAUCAUCGACCUCGGUGAACGACUGGGUCAGUUCUCACCUUUGAUCGGAUGCCUGGAGUUAACGUGUUGCCUGUCGCACUUUGAAGCACUGGCCAAACAUGAACAUAACAAGAUUCGCAUAAAAGCAGUCAAAACUCUGAGGAUGAUCACUUCGUUGCAAACCGAUGAGCAACUCAAUGAAAUGUUUGUGCCACUUGUGGAAAGACUUUCGACCGACAACAAGUUCCCAUCAAAGAUUUCUGCCUGCAGCCUAUUUGCUGUCUGCUAUUUAAGAGUGAAUGACUCAUUAAAAGCAAAGCUGAGAUCUCUUUACUGCAAGCUGCUAACGGAUUUUAGCAUUGCAACACGAAUGGAAGCGAUAAUCAGACUGACUGAAUUUGUAAAGGACAUAGAGCCUGAGCACAUCAAGUCAGAUCUGAUUCCUUUGUUGUCACCUUUAAUAGAGUUUCAUAUGGAUCUCAUGCGGCUUAUUGUAUUAGAGGUGUAUAUGUGUUUUGCUUCUGUGGUCGACCAAGAUGAUAUCGUCAAACUCAUCAUGCCAAAAUGGCAUAAAUGUUUGACAGACUCAUCUUGGAAAGUUCGUUACUUCGUCGUUGAACAUUUCACCGAACUUCAAAAAGCAGUAGGCCCUACGAUUACACGUUCUCACCUAAUUCCAGGCCUACAAAUCUUAUUGGCAGACCCACAGGUGGCAAUGAGCACUCUGGCUCUGUCUAAAAUCCCCGAAAUCCUCCUCGUGAUUCAUCCAGUCGAUAGAGACAUGGUGUUCAUGAACGAUAUCUUGCCUUGUAUCAAAGAAAUGAUUCUUGACACUAACCUGGAUGUCAAAAUAAUGCUAGUAAGAAUUAUCAUGGAACUCACUUCAAUUAUCAGGAAAGAAGACACAUUGAAAGAGCUUCUUACUUUACUAACAACUCUACUUAAUUAUGACCAGUGGAACAGUCGUAAAUCUGAUAUGUGGACCACCAUCAUAUCUUAUUUAGGCACCAUUACUAAAAUAGUAGACUCUGAGCAGCUUGUCCAAUUGCUAUCACCUUUUAUAAUAAAACAAGCUGAGGACAGUAAUUGGAGAGUCCGCUUGGCCAUUAUUAAAAGCAUGCCGUUGAUGGCAAAGAAUUUUGGUGUCAACUAUUUUAACAAGACAUUAAAAUCAAUAAGUGUUGCAGGGUUUGUCGACAAAGUUUACAUCAUUAGACAAACAAUGGCUUUCAACUUGAAAAGUAUAGUUGAAAAUUUUGGUUCCAAGUGGGCACAGGAUUAUAUCAUUCCAGAAGUUCUUACCUUAUCCAGUCACAAUAAUUACUUGUAUAGGCUGACAUUCUUAUUUUGUAUGAAAGCUUUAAUACAAGCGUGUAGCAGGCAUGUUAAAAUUAACAUAUUGCUCCCGGCUCUUUUAAAAAUGUCAUCUGACCCAGUUUCAAACGUAAGAUUCAAUGUUGCAAAAACAUUAGGAGAAACUGGCCAUUUUUUCAAACCCAAGCACAUUCAAUCAGAAAUAAAACCAAUCUUAGAAAAACUCAUGGAAGAUAAAGAUCUUGAUGUUAAGUACUUUGCAUCAGAAGCCAUGAAAACAAUUGCAAGUAUUUAA